AUGCCAAGGUUCGUGCAAAUUUUAAUGCUUCAGCCGCCCGAUGUUGACCUGCAGGCAGAGCUGCGGAUCGUUUGUUCGUGUGCUACAGUCUAUGCUUGUCGUCGCUUUGUUCAUUGUUUCAGCCUUUACUACUCUGCGUGUAUAUGCUACUUGGAGUCGCGAUUGGAGACCGGCCUUGCUAGUUUUGGUCUUGUCUCUCGUUUCUCCUAUCUUAAACAUCGCAAGCAUCUUUUUUCCGCGCUCGAGUUGUACGAAGCUAAUACACACCAGGUGAUAGACAUCCAUCAGGGUGUCCAGACCGCGCCACCACCAGCACUAGGUUGCGCAGUGAGCAUACGACGGAUGACAAGUGCGACGUAUAGCAAAUUUACAAUUGUGAUUCGUGCAACCACAACUGCAUAUGACGGCCUUGCUCUUCUCCUGACACUCUUCAAAACCCUUCAGGUCAAGAAGCGAGCAUUGCAGUUUAGAGUCAAGUCCGGGCUGACCGAGGUUCUCGUCAGAGAUGCCCAGAUUGUGGUCGCCUCCCGAGUAUCAGGAAACAAUUCUCUCUCUUACUACGUAUCACCCCGUAGAUUGACCUCAGUAUUGAUCUCACGGUUUCUCUUGGACUUGCGGCAAGCUGCGCAACAAUACGACGAGCCCUUCCUUUCGACUAACCUGACAUCCAAUCUGCCCGGCUUGGGGUCGCUAUCCAACAGCGAUAAUGCCUCGGGCUUCGAGGGGACAUUGUUCAAGCACACCUGCGUACUUGAAUUCGGACACUACGGAGACGGGCAGGACACAGAGCUUUUGGGAUCUAGCUUUGGAGGGAAACACACGGGCGCCGAAGGAAGAACCUGGGAUAGUAACUUUGAAGCUGGCUCAAGCUAG